AGAGAGAUAGUUGGGGCCACACGCAUGAGGGGUAGGGAGAGAGAGAGAGAGACUGUUUAAACGUCAAUGCCAGGAUUCGAUUCCUUGUCAGUCCACACACGCUGAUAUGAGCAACGCCAAGGAUUCCAUUCAUCAACUUGGCUUCACCCCCGUGGAUAUACACUGAUACAGCUGAACAGAUAUGAUCUACUUCAUUCUCACUCACACUGUUGCAGGUUGAGCAGGAAUUGCAUACACUAUUUUUCGUGGAUGGUAAUGCGGUACAUUCUCAUGGAUUUCCAAUGUUGAAGUGAUUGGACUCAAACCCGGGAAAAGUAAAAGGACAGGCGCGUGUUGAAGGUGCCCAGGUGUAGCAGCUGAGCCUGCGUUGGACAUGGGACCGUAUCUUAGCUUUGGGGAAUACAGUACGGAAGGAAUAGCGUCUUCGUGAAGGAAAGCUGACUUCGGGCUGAAGCGGGAAUCUGAGGCACUGCGCGCGGCAGAAAAAUGCGUUCCAACCACGGCUUUAUCUUGCUUCUCCUUAACGGAACAGCGUGCUUGCUGGCCCUGGGUCAAGAAGAUGACUCUCCAAGCCCCAAGAGCUCCUCAGCAGACGGGUCGUCCUCUAAGACGGUGGGUCUCCUGGGGAGUCAGACUCCCCUUUCCCCCCUGAGUCGCUGGAUGCUCCAGAGUAAAAGUCGGGCAGCCAAUGCCACCUCCCUGGAGCUGCCCUACCGCUCACCCAUUCCCUUCUCCAAGCAGGAGUUCUGGGAGAUGCUGGGUAGUGACCUGAUGAAGCCAGACACGUCCUCUUCCUCCCGCGUCAAACGGCGGCCCAUCGUCAAGACGGGCAAGUUCAAGAAGAUGUUUGGCUGGGGAGACUUUUACUCUAAUAUCAAGACGGUGCGCCUCAAUCUGCUGAUUACCGGCAAGAUCGUAGACCAUGGCAACGGAACGUUCAGCGUCUACUUCCGCCACAACUCCACGGGCCAGGGCAACAUCUCAGUCAGCCUGGUGCCGCCGGUCAAGGCGGUGGAGUUUGACCUGGAGCGCCAGAGCGUGGUCUACCCCAAGGACUCUAAGAUCUUCAACUGCCGCGUGGACUAUGAGAAGGUGGACCGCAGCAAGCGCACGUCGCUGUGCAACUACGACCCGUCCAAGACCUGCUUCCAGGAGCAGACACAGAGCCAUGUCUCCUGGAUCUGUUCCAAGCCCUUCAAGGUCAUCUGUAUCUACAUCUCCUUCUACAGUACAGACUACCGCCUGGUCCAGAAGGUCUGCCCGGACUACAACUACCACAAUGAGAUGCCCUACCUGCCCUCGGGCUAGAGGGGGACACACAGGAGGGCGAGAGGAGGGACGAGGGGAGGGGAGGAGUGACUCUGUAGGGUGAGGGGCCACCAGAUUGAGCUGGAUUAAAUUUAUGUAAUUUCCUGCAACAGCUCACCAGACAACCCCUCGCUGUAGCCAGACUACUGUACCCUGUAAAAACAUAUAUAUGCAAAUUAUACAGUAUGCACACAGUGAGGCAUUGAUAUUUAGAGUGCUGUCAUGAAGCAUUCAUCGACAGGAACAGUAGUAACUAGCACACCCAUCAUCACACACGUUUACCUCAACUCAAACCUCUAAUCUUGCUACCUACUUUGCUAAAUACAGAAAACACCUACAAACAUCUAUGUUUUCGUGAACUACUGCACACUGUCAUUCAGGUGAGGUAGCAUUCUCCUUUCAAAAGGGCAUCUUCCAUUUGUUUCUGUAUGGACCCUUCCUCCAAUCUUUCCCAAUGCUCCCAUAUCCCACCCCAACCCUCUCUCUCCCCACCCCUAUGUCAUCCCGAUAGGCUAUCCCAGCCCAAUCCUCUCUCUCCCCACCCCUAUGUCAUCCCGAUAGGCUAUCCCACCCCAACCCUCUCUCUCCCCACCCCUAUGUCAUCCCGAUAGGCUAUCCCACCCCAACCCUCUCUCUCCCCACCCCUAUGUCAUCCCGAUAGGCUAUCCCACCCCAACCCUCUCUCUCCCCACCCCUAUGUCAUCCCGAUAGGCUAUCCCACCCCAACCCUCUUUCUCCCCACCCCUAUGUCAUCCCGAUAGGCUAUCCCACCCCAACCCUCUUUCUCCCCACCCCUAUGUCAUCCCGAUAGGCUAUCCCACCCCAACCCUCUCUCUCCCCACCCCUAUGUCAUCCCGAUAGGCUAUCCCACCCCAACCCUCUCUCUCACCACCCCUAUGUCAUCCCGAUAGGCUAUCCCACCCCAACCCUCUCUCUCCCCACCCCUAUGUCAUCCCGAUAGGCUAUCCCACCCCACCCCUAUGUCAUCCCGAUAGGCUAUCCCACCCCACUCCUAUGUCAUCCUGAUAGGCUAUCCCAGCCCACCCCUAUGUCAUCCUGAUAGGCUAUCCCACCCAAUGUUUAUUCUAAACAUUCUAUCAAACAUCAUCUCUCUCUCCCUGAAUGAUGUAACCUCUAUGACAUAGAAAAGAGAGAUUGAGAGAGUGUGUGAAAGAAAGAAAAAAGAAAGAGAAAGAAAGAAAGAGAGAGAGAGAGAGAGCAAAGAGAGAAAGCAAAAGCAAUCGCCAGACAAAAAUAUGGGACAGGGCUUAAGUUCAACGUGAGAGAAAUAACUUGAUUCUGCAUAGAGAUAGGCACUUGCCUCUCCACACAUGAUAGAGGGGGAGGGGGAGAGGGAGAGAGUGAGCACGAAAGUGGGAGAGGGAGAGAAAUGAGAGAUUCAGAGAGCUCUUUUAAUUAAAGUGGAGGAAAGAGAAGGAGAUGUAGAGUAUUCAGCUCCUUCUAUUGUCCCCUCUGUAUGAAAAAGAUGACAUUUUGUUGCAGUCAGGAUUCCUGAUUUCAAGCUUUGAUAACUUCGGCUGUGUGUGGGAGAUUUCUCUUUCCUGACAAACGCCGUGUGUUCACUAAAGUCUGAUCGUUAUCUGGAAUAAAUUAAAAUAAAACUAAUUAAGGCUUCCACCGAGAGAGGGCGAAAUGUAUUCCUGGAAAUCAAGUUAGGAUUAUUAGGAUGCGAGCGAGGAGCACAGCGAGGGGUAUAGUGGAUAGUUGUGUUAUGGCUCCCUGACCCAGCAGCUUAGCCUUCAGUUAACAGCUAUCUCAUCAAGAUGAAUAGCCACUGGCUGGCUGAACUCAUGUCCAUUUCACAAACAGCAACACUAGACAAAAUACUUUAUUUAUCUAAUUUAGGGACAACUGAUUCUGUCCUGACAAUAUGGGCUGUUUGGAAAUGGACUCAUAGCACCUAUAUAGACUACGUAAUGAUUUCCUGACUAUGUAUUUUCCAAUGGCAGGUGUCAUACUUUGAACACUGAAUGCAUAAUAUAUGGUAUUACUAAUGUAUUUGUAAAAAGGAAAAACCUCAAUGUAACAGAAGUGAUUAAACCCCAUGGCCUUUGGCACUGCUGUGCUCUGAUUGGUCUGGAGAGAGCUUAGUGGGGUUUCUGUAGCACUGAGGCCUGGGAGGCCAGUGUGUGACUUGGAUCAGGAACCACUCACUAUAAAGUCCUCCUCCUGUGGGGGGUAUGGGAGCAUCACGUCAGGUAGAGAUGGAGCGAUGUGACUGUGGGGAGAAUAGAAGAGAGAGACAGAAUCAAAGAGAGAAAGGCUCACUCACAAGGCUAUAUAUGGGAAGUACUGUAAGUGAGAUCUGAACAUAAAAGUGUCUGGGUGUUUCAUUUAAUGUUAAAGAGGGGAGUAGCUCCUGUGUUUAUGAGGCCAUAACCACAACAUCUCUGUUAGGCUGCUGCCGUUGCUGCCUCUCUCAGGCUGCCUCUCUGCUGCCUCUCUCAGACUGCCUCUCUGCUGCCUCUCUCAGACUGCCUCUCUCAGACUGCCUCUCUGCUGCCUCUCUCAGACUGCCUGUCUCAGACUGCCUCUCUCAGACUGCCUGUCUCAGACUGCUGCUAGAACAGCCCUGCAGGGUCCAGCAGGGAACUUUAACCACUAACAUCACAAAGACUAAAUGAUCUUUUAAGAUAUUACUGUCUAUUCAGACGCAUAAACCCCAGUCUACACUUCAGACCCCUGAUGCUUACUGAUGAUUUGGUUUUCCUCUGAGCAAAUGUUUUACUUGAAAAGACAAUAUGCAGUGGUUUGGCUGUGGUGGUUCUCCCUCGUUCAGAUGAUGUUUGUAAAAUAGAUCUGUCUGGUUUAUCACUAGUGUCACAGUCAAUCCUCACUGUCACACCUGCUGUGUUUAAAUGCACACUAAUAAUCUGCUAUUAGUCAGAAUUAAAUGAGUCUGAAUUAAACAAGUAAACACCCGUAUUGGACAAGAAGUCCAGUAAUCCGAAUGAGCUAAUUUCAAGUGAAAUGAGUGUACAAUACUCCUUUCCUAAACAAUUUGUUUGGGAUUUAUUAAGUCAGUAUUUGGCAUGUAAACAUUACAUUCAGAUUACUGUUGUUUGCAUGACAGCUUUCUGGUGAAUAUUUGCAAUUGUUAAGAGGCGGUUUUGGACCUCUUAGGAACAAAUUAAACAUGAAAGGAAGCGAUUGAAGUAAAAGAAAAUGAUGUAACGCUCUGCAUUAGUUGUUAGUGCUUGCUACCUUUAGGGAAAAUGUGCCUCAUGCAACCAUCAAUGGAAUAUCAAUAUACAGUAGUAAGCAUGCAAACAGUCUAGACAGUAUUCAGAACAUAUGAGUCCAAGUGCAGUUUAUUUGUUUGUUUAUUAUGAUCCCCAUUAGCUUUUGCAGAAGCAGCAGCUACUCUUCCUGGGGUCCACAGAGUUCAUCUGAAUACCCAGAUACUCCAACAGAAUUGUGCAUGUAAGCAUAGUACCUUCCCUGUCUCAUAGUAAACUGAUGCAAAUAGUGCCUGGCAAGACCCUGUCCCUCUCAGAGUUGGCAUGCAGGGAAGUAUAGCCUCAUGUCGCAGUGUGUAAUGUUGGGAUUUACCAACUAGUGUGUGGAAGUCUGCCAUUGGCCUAAACUCAUCCCACUCCUCUCUGCCCAUCUGGGCUCUCUUUUCUCCUACCCAUAACAUGCCCUCCUAUCCUCUCUCUGUCUCUCCUCUCACUGUGACCUGGCCAGCUCCCCUAACCUCCAUGCCCCCAUGUUCCUGUGUCGGGGCUACCUCCACUGUGGGCAGGUCCUCAUCCAUCUCUCUUUCUCUCCCUCUAUCCCCGCCCGCCAGAGUCCAGCUCGGAGCUCAUCUGGCUAAUCUCUCGGCUUAACAGUGAGGCCAACUGAACCCUCACAGUGAGAACACACACACACACGCCGGCGCAAACACACACACAUCGCAGUGCUACAGAGACCUGAACGAAGAAGAUUAUGUACACAGUACCUCCAGCCCUUGUAGACACACAGGCUGGUAUGGGUGCUCCUUCUCCUACCCCCCCCCCAGAGGUGUGCUAACCUACUGACGCCCCACUCACCUCUAUCCCUCCAUCCCUCCACCAGCCCUGUAGCAGAACAUCUGGAUAACACAUCUGGACACACCUUUCAGAGGAGACAUGGAGUAAAACGCCUUGAGGUGGAGCCCCACCCCCUCCUGCCAACUAGAAAACUAACAGAGACACUGCUGGACUGUCAUGACUGCUGGGUCACAUGUACCGCCUCUCUACCUUCCUCAGUCCCUCGCUCCAAUCCUUACCCCAUCCUCGCAAAUUAACAGCAAUAUAUCACUGAGACUCCACCGUGCCCCUCUAUGGCUGCUCAAACAGAGGGUGCUGCUGGUUGGAAGAAGAGAUAAUGUUGCUGUAGGAUGGGCAGUGUUGUUAUGGUGACAGUCUUAUUGUUGUCCAAUGGAGUGCCAACAGACUUGUGGACAGUUGGCCUUCCAUAGGCCACAGGGCAAUGCUUGUCCUCUCAGCACACAAUAGAAACAGAACUGACCGUCAGAGAUAUAUAUAUAUAUAUAUAUAUAUAUAUAUAUAUAUAUAUAUAUAUAUAUACACAAACUACAAGUUCUCCGACCUAAAUAAAGUUGUAUUUAAUGUGGGUCAUGCCGUGGAGUUGUCUGUUUUAUCUUUUCACAUUCUUUUGUUUCAGUGUCAUGUUGAUGAUAUAGUGUAAGGAUGAUAUGAUGGCAUUAACUGUGGUUUUCGACAUUCAAAAAAAAUCAAUAAAGUACACAAAAGAACUUAUCACUUCAAUUGUAGAGAAACAGGCUCCAGUCUUAUAUCUUGUUUCGCUUGACAAAAUCACUGGGAGCCAGAAAGUGUCAAUGUCGAUGAAAUCUUUAUUGUCUAAUUUGCAUAUAGUCAUAUUGUGCGCCAACGGCAAAGAAAAGAUGUGACAAUGUGUGCUAAUGGCCCUUACAGAGACACGAAGAGAGAGAGAAAGAGGAAAGAGAAAUAAACUAGAGAAAAGGGGGUAAUGUUUCGUCUAGGAUGAUGCAUGAAACUCCUUUAAUGAGCCUCUCCUUUCUUUAUUUCUUUAUUUGUGACUUUUCUCUCUCCUUCAUUUUGGGAAUGUAAUUGACAUUAAAUCCGUUCGGCUUCUUAAUUAAAUCCCAGACAACUGUUAACGAGGAGAUGAGUUCAAACAUUCAGCUCACUACAUCCCUUUAAACAAGAUCGAUUACGGCAUGGCUGGCGGCGAAGCCCCUCUCCUCCAUCUCCUCAUCCCUCUGCCAACGCCCCCUUGUUUCCAUAAAAGCGCCGCCUGCCUCAGGGUAACCUUGCUGGAGAUGAAAGAAAAGGGAAAAAGUCAACAAGACAGAAGAAUAGAAAUCUAAUUUGGAAGCCAGGGUUCUUGUGAAUGUGAAAUCUAUAU